AUGGACGACGCCGACUGUGCCAACCCCCAGUUGCUGGCCUGGGUCAAAGAAUGGCUGGAUCUGGCUCGCGAACGCAACUCCAAAGGCGUAACCACCUACAGAAAUGCCUACGAGUCACUGAAAGCAUGCCCAAUCACUUUUGAACACCCGGCACAAUUGCAGCAGCUGAAAGGAUUUGGCCCCAAACUCUGCGAACGCUUGGAGGACAACCUCAAGAAGUACUGCCAGCAAAAUGGCCUCCCGAUGCCCCCACAUCCCAAGUCCAGUAAGGCGGCGGCAUCUGCUGGAGGCGAUGAUGGUGAGGGCUCUGCAAGACCCGCGAAAAAGGCCCGUAAGCCCAAAGCAUAUGUGCCGGCUUUUCGAUCUGGGGCCUUUGCCUUGGUGAUCGGCUUAUCAACCCUCGACGAAUAUGCCUCUGUUGGAAUGACCAAGGCAGAGCUCAUUGAGGUUGCUCAACACCAUUGCGACUCUUCGUUCACAGCACCUAGUGACCCGACAGAAUUCUACACUGCCUGGAACUCGAUGAAGACUCUGGUGCAAAAGGAGUUGGUGUAUGAGAGAGGGCGGCCACUACGGAGAUACGCUCUGACGGAUGAAGGCUGGGAAGUUGCAAAGCGAAUCAAGGAAACCGAUCAAUGGCAGUCUGAGACAGGAGGAGCUAAGGAGCCGACAUCAGCACAGCCCACUAUCGCCAAUCUCCAACCUGAGGCUGCUUCCCGGCCAAGAUCACCAUCUAUCGACGCUGCUGAGCCCACGCGAGUGCCCUCGGAAUACCAAAAUGUUGUGUCUGAUGGACCAGCAAUACCAGACGACAGCUCACUACCCAACUUUACACCAAUUCGCCUCCCGCCCGGAUCCUUUUCUGUUCACCUGCUGCUCGAUGUUCGCGAGGUCAGGGCAAAGACAGAUCGCGACUACAUGCAAGAAGAGCUCGCCAAGCAGGGGGUGAAGCCAAUCAUGCGGAGCAUGGAACUUGGUGAUGCCCAAUGGAUUGCGAAAUGCCACGAUCGUAACCUCCUUGCGGCCCAAGGUGCUGAAGGCGAUGAGGUUGUCUUGGACUGGAUUGUCGAGAGAAAACGUCUGGAUGACUUGAUCGGAAGUAUCAAGGACGGCAGGUUUCACGAGCAAAAGUUCCGACUUAAACGCUCCGGUGUCAAGAAGGUCAUCUACAUCAUCGAAGAGAUCACCAUAGAUCCGGCAUCAAUUCAGAGGUAUGAAGAGGCAGUCCGGUCAGCGAUUGCUUCCACGCAAGUUGUCAAUGGUUACUUUGUCAAGAAGACGGCCAAGAUGGACGACACGAUUAGGUAUCUUGCUCGGAUGACAAAGAUGCUGAAACGGACAUAUGAGAGCAAACCGUUGAACGUUAUUCCCACUCGGGUUCUUACAUCUCAGAACUACAUGCCGUUACUGUCUCAUCUGCGGGAGUCGACACCCUCAUCGGGCUGGUACAUUACUUACCCAGCCUUCUCAUCAUUGGCUUCCAAGUCUGAGUCGAUGACUUUACGAGAUGUGUUCCUGAAGAUGCUCAUGACAACGAGAGGAGUCACGGGAGAGAGGGCGCUCGAGAUCCAAAAGCGCUGGAAGACGCCAUACGAGUUUGUCAAAGCCUUUGAGGCAUGCGGGACUGGUGAGCAGGGCUUGAAGCGCAAGCGUGACUUGGUUCUUGGCCAGACAAGUCAUCUUGUCGGGCGAAAGAAGUUCACCAAAGCCCUGAGCCAGAAGAUUGCCGAAGUAUGGGGAGAUGCAUGA